AUGAGUCCAUCAACUCCAGAUUUUCCAAAGUUCAUGCCACUAGAGCCGAAGCCGUCAUCCAUGGCAUCAGGACCAGACAGGAGAGGACAGUGGAGGCCAUUAGUAGCAUAUCGUCCAGGAACACAAUUUCACAACAGGAUAAUUAGUAGAUCAUCGACGGACACAAAAGACAUUGUGAGAAAUUUCAGUGUGCCCAUUGAAAAUGAUAAUCUUAAUAGUGUGCCCAUUGAAAAUGAUAAUCUUGAUAGUGUGCCAAUUGUUGAUGAAGUUAAUAAUGAUGAUGAUGCCGAUGAUGAUGAUGAUGAUAAUGUUGAUUAUGAUAUAUUUGAUCCAAGAAAUUGGGAUCAUCUUCAACCUAAACUGAUUGAUUUAUUGGUUGUGAAAGGUCCUAAAAGAGAUAAUUCUAUUCUGAAGUGUCCUAGAGAUAGUUUGAAUAGACAUUUUACGGCUAAUUUGGGACAAUUAGCAAAUGAGGGUUAUAGUGAUUGGGUACAUGUUGGUGAAGGAAUUAAAGAGCACGAGUUAGGCAUGGAACAUGUUAAAAAUAUGACUACUUGGUAUGAGUAUCGCAAAAGGCUACAAAAAUUUCAAACUAUUGAUAAAACAACUCAAAGAUUAAUUGAGAAAGAAAAGGAUUACUGGAAAAAUGUUUUAAAAAGAGUUAUUUCAAUAGUGAAAUUUCUUGCUAAACAUAAUUUAGCCUUUUGUGGUUCUAAGGAGAAAUUGUACGAAGAUAGCAAUGGAAACUUUUUGGGUUUGAUUGAAAUGUUAGCUGAAUUUGACCCAAUCAUCCAAGAACAUGUUAGACGUGUUACAACUCAAAAAGUUCAUAUUCAUUAUCUUGGGCAUAAUAUACAGAAUGAGUUGAUUUCAUUGCUUGGUUCUGCGAUUACAAUUGAAAUCAUUAGAAAAAUCAAACAGACAAAGUAUUUUUCAGUGAUACUUGAUUAUACUCCUGAUGUUAGUCACCAAGAGUAG